AUGACAGAGGAGAAACGCACCGGCAGCAGCCGGUCAAGUUCAAUCCAGGAAGAUGGGGCGGACGUGAGACAGCAGUAUAAGCGGAGGGGGUCAAAAUUCGACGAUGCCUCAGUCUUCGAGAGUAUUAAUCCCGAAAACAGAGCGGAGUUGACGCGCAUUGCGUCAAACUUCCCCUUGCAACGUCGUGCGACUAGCUCUCAAGAGAGCGAGUCUCGUCUCCAACGCAGAGAUACACUUGAGGAUAUUGGCCUUGAUCACCCUUCUCUGGACCCUACCAGUGGUCAAUUCGACCAGUACAAAUGGACUCGGAUGAGACUGAAGCUGAUGGAUAAGGAAGGCAUUCCUCGUCCCCCGUCGACUGGAGUUGUAUUUCAGAAUCUCAAUGUGUCCGGGUCAGGCUCGGCGCUGCAAUAUCAAAGCACUGUGGGAUCGAUUUUGUUGGAGCCUUUCCGCCCACAAGGAUGGCUGAGCCUUGCGAAAAAGUCCCCAGAGAAGCAGAUUUUGCGCAAUUUUGAUGGUCUUCUAAAGAGCGGCGAGAUGCUGAUUGUUCUGGGGAGGCCUGGUAGCGGUUGUUCGACCUUUCUCAAAACAUUGUGUGGCCAGCUGCAUGGUUUAAAGCUUCGCGAAAGCUCAGAGAUACAAUAUAAUGGUGUUUCGAUGGAGAAGAUGCAUAAAGAGUUCAAGGGUGAAGUUUUGUACAACCAAGAGGUGGAUAAGCAUUUCCCUCAUUUGACCGUCGGACAAACGUUGGAAUUUGCUGCAGCGGCGAGAACCCCCGAGAAUAGGCUACGUGGGCUCAAGCGACAAGAGUUUGCUAAGCACAUCGCCAAGGUUGCGAUGGCUGUAUUUGGCUUACUUCAUACGUACAACACAAAGGUGGGUGAUGAUUAUAUUCGAGGUGUUUCAGGGGGCGAACGAAAACGAGUGAGUAUAGCUGAAAUGGCACUUUCCGGUGCACCCAUGGGAGCAUGGGACAACAGUACCAGAGGUCUGGAUUCUGCAAGCGCAUUGGAGUUUGUCAAAGCGCUGCGGCUUUCCUCCAAUUUAGCUGGCACUAGUCAUGCGGUUGCAAUCUAUCAAGCCUCGCAGGCAAUCUACGAUGUCUUUGACAAGGCUAUCGUUCUAUACGAAGGGCGAGAGAUCUAUUUUGGACCAUGUGAUGAGGCAAGAGACUACUUCACCGGUAUGGGCUGGCAUUGUCCACCACGCCAAACUACUGGGGAUUUCUUGACAGCCGUUACCAACCCGCAGGAGCGUCAAGCACGGGAUGGAAUGGAGAACAAGGUCCCUCGCACGCCAGAUGAAUUUGAGAAGUACUGGAAAAAGAGCCCUCAAUAUGCCGCACUCCAGGGAGAAAUCGAUGAAUAUCAUAUGGAGUUCCCAGUAGGAGGAGAAGCAGAGCAAAGCUUUGGAGAAAUGAAGAGAGUUAAACAGGCAAAGCAUGUUCGCCCGGAGAGCCCAUAUAUCAUAUCAAUUCCGAUGCAAAUCAAGCUCUGCACAAUCAGAGCUUAUCAACGACUCUGGAACGACAAGCCCGCCACACUGACAACGGUCCUCGGAAGAAUCUUCAUGGCUCUUAUAAUUGGUUCCAUGUAUUUUGGGACACCAACUGCUACAGCCGGAUUCUAUAGUAAAGGAGCUGCCCUUUUCUUCGCUGUUUUAAUGAAUGCUCUUAUCAGUAUCACCGAGAUCAACUCCCUCUAUGACCAGCGACCUAUAGUUGAGAAGCAGGCGUCCUAUGCUUUUGUCCACCCCUUCACUGAAGCAUUUGGGGGCAUUGUAAGCGACGUACCAGUGAAGUUUGUCUCAGCCGUGAUUUUCAAUAUCAUUUUUUACUUCCUGGCUGGAUUGCGAUAUGAGCCGUCCCAGUUUUUCAUUUUCUUCUUAUUUACGUUCCUUAGUACACUUGCAAUGUCGGGAAUCUUUCGGACCCUUGCAGCUUCGACAAAGACCCUCGCGCAAGCUAUGGCCAUGGCCGGUGUAUUAGUCUUAGCCAUCGUCAUCUAUACAGGCUUCGUAAUCCCUGUUCCGCAGAUGCAUGACAUCCCGUGGUUUAGCUGGAUCCGGUGGAUCAAUCCCAUCUUCUACACGUUCGAGUCCAUGAUAGCCAACGAGUUCCAUGGUCGACAGUUCAUAUGCUCGCAAUUUGUGCCUUCUUACCCGAGUCUUAGCGGUGAUUCCUUUAUCUGCUCUGCCAGAGGUGCUGUUGCAGGCGAAAGGACCGUUUCUGGGGACGCUUUCAUUGAAUCGCAGUAUAGGUACACAUAUGCGCACGAAUGGAGGAACCUUGGCAUUCUGAUAGGCUUUUGGAUUUUCUUCUCCGCGAUCUAUCUACUGGCCACGGAAAUCAAUUCCCAGACUUCUUCUAAAGCCGAGUUCUUGGUGUUUCGACGGGGUCAUGCGCCAGCACAUAUGCGCGACCUUGACAAAACUCAAGGUGACUCUGGAUCUACUGACCUCGCUCAGUCACAUAAAGAGAAGGAAACUGAGAAUGCUGCAUCCGUUAUACCAGAGCAGCGGAGCAUAUUUACCUGGAGAAAUGUGUGCUAUGAUAUCCCUGUGAAGGGGGGAGAGCGGCGUUUAUUAGACCACGUCUCGGGGUGGGUUAAGCCUGGUACACUUACCGCACUGAUGGGUGUAUCAGGAGCUGGUAAAACGACCUUGCUUGAUGUUCUCGCUAAGCGUGUUUCUAUCGGCGUCGUGACGGGUGAUAUGCUGGUAGAUGGGAAAGAGCUUGACAAUAGCUUCCAGAGGAAAACAGGGUAUGUGCAGCAGCAAGAUCUCCACCUUUCCACAACAACAGUGAGAGAGGCGCUACGGUUCAGUGCGCUCCUACGUCAACCAAAGUCUGUCUCGAGGAAGGAGAAGUACGGUUAUGUCGAGGAAGUUAUAGAGAUGCUCAAUAUGCAAGACUUCGCUGGCGCUAUUGUUGGGACACCGGGAGAAGGCUUGAAUGUUGAGCAAAGGAAGCUUUUAACAAUUGGGGUGGAGUUGGCUGCAAAGCCUGAAUUGCUGAUUUUUCUUGAUGAGCCAACUAGUGGUCUGGACUCCCAGAGUUCUUGGUCUAUCGUAGCCUUCUUGCGGAAGCUCGCAGAUCAUGGUCAAGCAGUGCUUUCUACAAUCCACCAACCGAGUGCGCUCUUGUUUCAGCAGUUUGACCGUCUCUUGUUUCUGGCCAAGGGCGGCAAGACUGUUUAUUUUGGACAAAUCGGUGAGCAGUCUCGCACUCUCCUUGAGUACUUUGAGGGGAAUGGGGCAAGAGCUUGCGGCUCGGAAGAGAAUCCGGCCGAGUAUAUGCUGGAAAUUAUCGGAGCCGGCGCCUCUGGUAAAGCCUCUAAGGACUGGUCUGCCAUAUGGAAUGAAAGUCGCGAAUCGAGUGAUGUCCAAAAGGAAAUUGACAGGAUCUAUCAAGAGAGAGCUUCAGCAUCCAAUGGCAGUGGUGACACCCACCAAGGAAAACCUGCGGAAUACGCCAUGCCGUUUAUGUACCAGCUGGGGUACGUAACUCAUCGUGUCUUCCAGCAGUAUUGGCGAGAGCCUUCCUACGUAUGGGCCAAGAUGCUUCUUGCUACCCUCUCGUCGCUAUUCAUCGGCUUCACAUUCUUCAAGCCCAAUAGCAGUCAGCAGGGAUUCCAGGACAUCCUAUUCAGUGCCUUCAUGCUGACAUCCAUCUUCUCGACAUUGGUACAACAAAUCAUGCCAAAAUUCGUGGUCCAGCGGUCCCUUUACGAAGUCAGAGAGCGACCAUCGAAGGCGUAUUCAUGGGCGGCGUUCCUUAUCGCCAACGUCAUAGUCGAGAUCCCUUACCAGAUAUUUGCCGGGGUAAUCUCAUGGGCAUGCUACUAUUAUCCCAUAUACGGUGCCAACCAGGCAUCUCAACGGCAAGGCCUCAUGUUACUCUUCAUCAUCCAGUUCUACAUGUUCACCUCGACAUUUGCAACCUUUGUUAUAUCCGCACUGCCCGACGCAGAGACAGGAGGAACCAUCGCAACAUUGCUAUUCAUCAUGGCCACCACCUUCAACGGAGUCAUGCAACCACCGAACGCUCUCCCGGGAUUCUGGAUCUUCAUGUAUCGAGUAUCGCCCUUGACAUACUUAAUCGCGGGCAUGACAGCAACAGGAUUACACGGCCGAGCAAUCAGAUGUGACGCAGGCGAGCUAAGCGUCUUCAACCCACCCUCCGGCUCAACCUGUGGCGACUACCUAGCCUCGUAUCUCCAGACUGCACCAGGCGUGCUGUACAACCCCAACGCAACACAAGGAUGCGAGUACUGUCAGCUUCGUAAUGCCGACCAAUACCUAGCCAGCAGUAACAUCUGUAAGUCCUUCUACCGGGAUCCAGGCCACGGGCUAACUAGUGAACAGACUGGAGUGAGAGGUGGCGAAAUUUCGGACUAG